AUGAAGCAAGGAAUUUACGUGAAUGGUAAAUUAGACACUCGUCAUCGAAUAGCCAGAGCUUAUUCGGGAUCGUUUGACAAUACUACUAUUGAAUACAACACUUUCGCACCGACAGCUUCGACAUUUUCAGGUUAUAUGAAUGAUCCGUCGAUUUACAAUGGUCGUACUAAAUCGGAUUUUCCUUUUUCAACUUGGAUAAAACCGAGUCCAUUGAGUGGCUUCAUUCUAUACUUGUUAACAGCUGCAAAUGAUGGUAGUUAUUACAAGCCAGUACUGGGUAUCACAUCAACUGGUGAACCUUUAGUAGUUCUCAGUCUCUUGCCAUUGGGAGCACAUCCGACAGCUAAUCCCGAUCCAGUUGUUCUCAAUCAAUGGACUCAUCUUGCGUUGUCAGUCAGCUAUGAAAAUGGAUUAUGUCUUUAUGUAAACAGUGUAUUUAAAGCACGUAGAACAGAAUAUUAUGCUGGAAAUGGUUAUAUAAAGACACUGCACGUUGGUGCCAAUACACAGUAUUCUCAAACUUACUGUUACGACGCUCGCAUUUCAGAAAUGCAAUUUUUCGGUGUUAUGAAUGAACUGCACGUUUUCAACCGUGAGUUAACUCAAAACAAUCUAUGUACUCUCUACAUGGCUUAG